AUACUUGGUGUAGUUGGUAACUUUAGAGCUUCACUUUCUGAUCUCAUGGGUUCAAUUCCUGCCUGUUCGUAUAUAGGCUAGUUAACCUAUGACUCUAUGAGAGGUACUGAUCUUGUUGAGUCAUUCUCCAUAACAAAAAAUAAUAAUAAUAAAUGUUGAUUUUCUCAAUAAUAUUUUAUUUUAUUUUUCUAUACAUAUAAGCGUUGGAUAUUACAUUUUUCAUAAUUUAGCUUUAGUUGAGUAGUUUAGCAAAUACGAAGUAGUAUCAAACAUCAAUUGAUGUAGCACUUGAAAAAAAAAAAAAAAAAAAAAAAAAACACAUAAUCACUUUGUACUACGGAGUACAACAUAUAGCCGAACGAAAAACUUAAAUCACCUCUCCAUAAACCCAACCCGCCAUAUAGAUUGCCUUAUGGCCCUUAUCAAACCGAAGUGAGCAGAAUUAGGCAAAUCCGCAAAUGGCUUAUACAAUAAUACAACUCACAAGUAAUUAAAUCAGCAAUCAAUUGAGAGUUUGAGACAUAAAAUUUUCGUUACAAAUGGCUUUUUAUUUUUGAAUAACCGGUAAAAUUCAACAACUCCACUUGUAACAAACGCCAUGUCUUCCUCUCCUCUGUUCACAUCCCAACCAUCACCACCCCUAACCAGCCGCACGGCCCGUACUCAAAACCUAUCUCCACCGUCGAGCCACCGCCCACCACCGGAAAAACUCGCAUUUUUGCUCGACAAAUGCAGGAAUCUCACCCAUUUACUCCAAAUCCACGCCGUAAUUCUCCGGCACGGCCACGAAAACAACCCCAUUUUGAACUUCAAGCUUCAAAAGACCUACUCUUCUGUUGGACAUCUUGACCGAUCUUUCUCUCUCUUCAAAAAGACAGCAAACCCAGAUGUAUAUUUAUACACUGCUAUCAUCAAUGCUCAUUCUUCUCGCGGAUUGCAUCUUCAGGCUUUUGAAUUAUAUGUUCAGAUGUUAACUCAAGGUGUUGAGCCCAAUGUCUUCACUUUCUCUUCCCUAUUGAAAUCUUGCUUGAUUAAAGAUGGGGUUUUGCUCCAUUCGCAAGCAAUUAGGUUUGGAUUUGAUGGGGAUUUGUUUGUAAGAACUGGAAUUUUGGAUGUGUAUGCUAAAGGUGGGGAUUUGGUUUCUGCACGCCAACUGUUCGACACAAUGCCUGAGAGAAGUUUGGUUGCAGUGACCGCGAUGCUAACUUGUUACGCAAAGCAUGGGCAUCUAGAUGAUGCUAGAGUGCUGUUUGAUGGGAUGGUGGAGAAGGAUGUGGUGUGUUGGAAUGUGAUGAUUGAUGGGUAUGCUCAACAUGGAAGGCCUAAUGAUGCAUUGGUGCUUUUUCAGAAAAUGUUGAAGGCGAAAUUGAAGCCUACCGAAAUUACUGUUUUAUCAGUAUUAUCUGCUUGUGGGCAACUUGGGGCACUUGAGUUAGGCAGAUGGGUUCAUUCUUACAUUGUAAAUAAUAGAAUUCAAGUUAAUGCUCAUGUGGGUACGGCUCUUAUCGAUAUGUAUGCUAAAUGUGGUAGUUUGGAGGAUGCGAGACUUGUGUUUGAUGGUGUAAAAGGGAAGGAUGUUGUUGUUUGGAAUUCGAUGCUUGUUGGGUAUGCAAUGCACGGGUUUAGCCAAGAGGCAUUGCAGUUGUUUGAUGAGUUGCGCGAGAAGGGAUUUCGCCCAACUGAUAUCACCUUUAUUGGUGUCCUGAAUGCUUGUGCUCAUGCUGGUUUGGUAUCCGAAGGGAAGGAGUUUUUUUCUCUGAUGAAGGAUGCUUACAGUCUUGAACCGAAGGUUGAGCAUUAUGGAUGUAUGGUAAAUCUUCUUGGGCGCGCUGGGCAUUUAGAGGAAGCUUACAACCUUAUCAAAGGCAUGAAUGCCGAUCCUGAUCCUGUUCUUUGGGGAACAUUGCUAGGUGCUUGCCGUCUACAUGGAAAUAAUUCUCUAGGAGAGGAAAUUGCCAAGUUUCUUGUCAGCAGAAACCUAGCAAGUGACGGGACAUAUGUUCUUCUAUCGAACAUAUAUGCAGGAGUAGGGGACUGGGAUGGUGUAGCCAAUGUGAGGGCCAUGAUGAAAGAGAGAGGGAUACAGAAGGAACCUGGUUGUAGUUCUAUUGAGGUGAAUAACAAGGUACAUGAGUUUCUUGCUGGAGAUUUGAGACAUCCAAAGAGCAAAGACAUCUAUAAGAUGUUAGAAGAGAUGUAUAAGUGGUUAAAAGAUCAUGGUUACUCCCCUCAGACAGAGACCGUACUACGUGAUGGUGGAGAGGAGGAGAAAGAGCAAUCUUUGGGAGUUCAUAGUGAGAGACUUGCUAUUGCCUUUGGCUUAAUUAGCACUUCUCCAGGAACUACAAUCAAGAUUGUGAAGAACCUUCGCGUAUGUUCAGAUUGUCAUGUAGUUACGAAGCUGAUCUCAAAGAUUACAGGACGCAAGAUAGUUGUGAGGGAUAGGAACCGAUUCCACCAUUUCGUAAAUGGCAUGUGUUCUUGUGGAGAUUAUUGGUAGUUAAGGAAGACCAUGAUUGAAGAGUUAAAAUUAUCAGAGUUGUUGUCUACUGUAUGAAAUUACUAGUAUAUAUACCAAAAUAUGAUCCUAAAUACAAA